AGAGGUACGGGGUUCGAUUCCCCACACCUCCAUUUCUUCUCCCUCAUCUUUCAAUAUCCGGCCCGCCCUUUUUUUAACAACCACCUCUCGUUCCUUAUCUGCAGAGAAUAAAUAUAGUGAACCAUUUCACCAUUAUUUUCCUCUCACAACUCCAAUGACUCUCUCCUUGUUUUCUCCUUCCUUUCCCCAAUUCCCUCCAAAUAAUCACUAUUUCCUUCGCUCUUCUAUUCUCUCCUUCUCCAAAAACCUCACUUUUUCUUACUAUUCUUCCUCAAAAACCUUCUACUUGAAGAUCAAAGCAGCUUCGUUGAAUGAAUUCGAUGGCGAGAAAAAGUUGUUUGAUGAGGGUGGAUUGAUUAGUAGAGUUUCGGCUGCGAAAGAUGCGAGUGAGGUAUUGGAAAUGAUAGCAGACAUGACUGGGAGAAGUGGUGGUGUUGUUAGUUCGAAGGAUUGUGGUUUGAUUAUCUCUGCUGCACUUGAUCGGAGCAAUGCUGAAUUGGCGCUCUCUGUAUUUGAUGCUAUGCGUUCCACUUUUGAUCCUGGGACAUCUGUUUCAGACGGAGGCCCAUCCUAUGAUAGAUGGAGGUGGUCAAGGCCAGAUGUUACUACAUAUACCUUGUUAGUUCGAGGACUUGCAACACUGCUGAGGGUUUCAGAUGCCCUUAAAAUCAUCGCCAAUAUUUGUCGAGCGGGAAGUUCUCCUAGCGAAGAGGUUCUCUUCGGCAAAGUUGUGCGAUGUCCAAGUUGCAUGAUUGCUGUUACUGUUGUUCAGCCACAAGAUGGUAUCCAGGUUGUAUCCUGUUCAAAAUGCCGUUACCAGUAUGAGCUCGUUUCAGGCAGUAUUGUUAGUAUAGAGUCGGAAGAAAUUAGCAUGGAAAUUCCUGCAUGGAGAAGGGGACUAAGAUUCCUGUCAAUAAAGCAAAACAUUCCUGCUGCUGUUCAUUCGAUUGUGGUGGAGACCCCAUCUGGAAUGGCACGAACACACAAAUUUGCUACUGAAACAGUUGAUCUUCCUGCACAAGAAGGUGAGAGAGUGACUAUUGCUCUAGCAGCACCGCCAAAUGUUUACCGAGAGGUGGGUCCAUUAAAGUUUAAUCCAAAAGCUCCAAACGUUUACCCAGGAGAGCCUUUGUGCUUGACUAACCAUAGAGAUGGCCGUGAAUCACCCUUACUUAGAGCUCCCAAAAAAGAUAAAACCCCAUCACUAUUAAAUCCUUCCAUCCUUGUUCCUCUUCUUGCUGUAUUUGCUACUGGAGAUGCUGCCUCUGGGAUUAUAGAUCCCAACUUGCCUCAAAUAAUAACAGUUGCUGCAGUUUCCUCAAUCACUCUUGGGGCCACUUUAAACAGCCUGUUUUUUCCUCAAUUCAGCAAGCUUCCUCGGAGAUUAGUUGAUACCAUUGCCAUCAGGCAGCAACUCUUAUCUCAGUAUGAUGUGCUCCAAUCACGGAUAAAGGAGUUGAAGGAAUCUGCUGAGAAUGAGGUCUGGAUGUUGGCUCGCAUGUGCCAACUGGAAAACAAAAUCUUUGCUGUUGGAGAACCUGCUUAUCGGGCCCGGAGAAGUAAAGUGAAAAGGGUGCGUGAAAGUUUGGAAUGCUCCCUUUCGAGAAGGAUCGAGCUGAUUGAAAGCUAUGCAAGAAUUUCUUCCAUUAUAGAAAUUGAAGUAGAGAUGGAUUCAGAUGUUCUUGCUGCUGAAGCAGCAGGCAAUGCGGAAAAUAUUGCUGAACAAAUACAACAAAUAAUGGAGCUUGAGAAUCUUGAGGAGAAAUGGAAAAUCCAAGCAGAGGCAAAUGAUGAGGCGGAAAGGCUUCUCAGUUCUGAACCUAUAACUACCGAAAAGGUUCCAGAAAGAUGAUAAUGCACAUAGUUUGUAUCAAGAGUAAAUAUCCACCUUCCUGGUUCAUUUUCACUGUAUUUGGCUAUUUGUUAUCGACGAAUCAGUCAAGCCGAUGUUCAUUUCCGGGUUUCAUACAUUAUCGUUACCAGAGACUAAUUCCUAAGUUUCAGAAGUCUGCCAAAGAUCUGGAAAAAACUCAAUUUUAGCAAAAGGGUUGUAAAGGGAGAAAGAGAACUUGCAUCUAGUGACCCAAACUUUACGUCUCCUUUUAUCUUUUUUUUUUUUUGUUGAUCUGUAAAGAAAACAUAACAUACUUCAUGUACCUACUCUUUGGCGAUUGUUUGUGUAAUUAUUGAACUUCACUUGCGUA